CACUUCUUCCCCGGCCAAGCUUGGAAUUGUGUGAUCUAUCCCGGGACUGAUAGCCUCUCCCCUUUGUCUUGGAGGGGGGGGACUACAGUUCCCGGCGUGCCUCGGGCCCCCGUCCUUUGAUGUUUACCCCCCUAUAGCACUUAGGAAGGGGAUUCUCCCCAAAAUGGCGGCUCCUGCUUUAAGGGGUUCGGGGGGUGGAGCCUGUACCCCCACCGGCUCCCUAGAUUACUGCCUGGCCCAGUUGCAGAGGGGGACCGAGCCAGGGCUGGGCAAGGCCUUGUUGGCCCUCAGGACCCAGCACAUCAAGGAAGUGGGAGGCAUUGCCCGUUUCAGGACCCACGGGGGGCUGGCGCCACUUUUGGGGAUCCUCUCCAGCUCCCCGCGACCGCGCCGCACUUUGGAUCUGGCCCUCAGCAUCCUGGGCAACUGCUGCACCGAAGGGGGCAGCCGCACCCAAGUGCGCGAACUUGGGGGGAUCCCGCCGUUAGUUACUAUCCUGAAGUCACUUGCUGUGGAAAGUAUCCUGAAUCGGACAGCACGGGCACUCGGCAACUUGGCUGUAGACUCAGAAAAUUGCCAGGCCAUCCAUGAAGCAGGAGCCGUUCCCCAGCUAAUCCAGGUCCUCACCACCUCCCAGGACAGUGAAUGUUUGCAGAGCGUGAUCAGGGCCAUUCGCUAUCUGGCUGAUACUCCUGCUCACCGUCUAGUGCUGGCCCAGCAGGGGGCAGUCCGCCCCAUAGUGGAGCGCCUGACUUCCUCCCUGGAGGACGGGGCCCUGAUUGUAGCCGCGGUGCGCACCCUCGUGGAGCUCUCAAAGGGCUGCAGUCGUGACUGUGCGGAGCAGCUCAGCUUGGGAGGCGGGAUGGUGCCCCUCGUAGCCUUAGCCAGCCACGAGAAACGGGUGGUGCAGGAAUCGGCCCUCGCGGUCCUGGCCAACCUCUGUCUGCAAGGCAUGCUGAGGCCAGCUAUCGGCAAUGCUGGGGGGGUGGAGCUGCUAGUGGGGGAGAUCCAACGCCGGAGGGGAGCCGGGGCACCUGGGGCCUCCCUCCAUCCGCUGGUGAAAGCUUUGUGCCUCCUGUGCCGCGAGGCGGUUAAUCGGAGCCGGGUGCGUGAGACCGGAGGAUUAGAGUUACUGCUCUCCCUCUUGCGGGAUCGAUGUCACAGCUAUUCGCACGCUCGGGUGGUGGUGGCUUUCGUGGCCUUUUUCUACGACGAGGAGGCCCUGGAGAUGCUGCAGGCCGGAGGACUGGUGCCCUUGCUGGUUGGCAGGCUGGCAGCCCAGAGCCAGUGGUCGGGCUGGGAACAAGUGGAGGAGGAGGAGAAAGAACAUGAAGAUGAGAAAGACGCGGCGUCGUUUGACUUCCCUGCUGAGGGGCGGCGAGGAGAGCAGGCCUUACCAGGAGCAGAGAGUUCCAGCUUUCAGAGCCUGAGGUCCUGGCUUGUCUCGGAAGGUUAUAUUUCCAGUCCAGGAGAUCUUUCUCCCCAGUGGUCUCCUGACACCACCCUUUCUGAGUUGGAGGCCCAAGGAGAUAUUAGUCCCAGCCAAGAACUGCAAGAUGAAUCUCUAGGACCUUGCCACAGCACGUCUGGGGUGAAAACCCAUUCUAGAGCCGAAUCGCCCGAUUUUUUACAUUCUCCUUUCUUGGAUUUGCCUCCUGGGGGGCAGCCCAGCCUUUCAGAGACUUCAAACUUAGCAGCAAAAGGCGGAAUUCUUCCAGAUCACAACCUCAAUCCUACAGCGGUACCUUUGUCGGCUGAAUCUGAAAAUCUCCACCCAGAACCUGUCUUGGAGGUCCCACAUUCAGAGGGGAAUAAGGAGGGAAAAACAGAUGGGGCCAAUAAGCUGCCAAAAGAGCUGGCGAUGUCAGAACUGGCAAAUUUAGAGGAGGAGGUUCUCCCUGGAGAUGAUAUCUUACAGCUGCCUUGUUUAUCCACGUCAGAGGAAAUGCCAAAUUCAGGAAAAAUAGAUGGACGAGCUGAACAAUCCCCUUGGGUUGCCUUGGUAGCCAGCCAGAACAGCUCUGGGCCCAGUAACUCCAACUCCAUUCCAUUUAUCGUGAUUCCAAGCAAUAGUGACAGAAUCCAGCUGUCACCAGGGCCUGUUGCCAAAUCCCCGGUCAAAGAGGAAGCGUGCUCGGUCACUCCAAAGCUGAAUGUUCAGGCUCUCCCAACUUCUCCUGAGGAGUACAAGACGCCUACCGCUUACUGGAAACGGCGCACCAAGCUCCGCUCCUUCUUGGAGCAAAGCACACCGCCAUCUCAGGGCUUGUGCCCUGUCCCCGAGGCUUCGUCUCCCUGGCUCUCCUUGACCUUGCCACUCUCUUUUUCUCCCCACAUGGGUGACCCAGACUUCCAUGCUCCUGAAGCACCAGCCCUGCUCCUCCUUUCCCGCUUUUCUCAAGCCGAGGAUCCUAGUCGGAGUCUGGUGACGCCGGACACGCUGCAAGGACUCUUGCGUUAUAUCACCAGGAGUCCUUCCCCUUCCUCCCGCUGCCUUCGGCUGCUUCAUCGUCUCACCUGCAAUCCGGCUUGCCUAGAAGCCUUCGUGCGCUCCCAUGGGCCCUCGCUCAUCAGGGCUUGGUUGAUACUGGGUGUAUCCCCUGAGCAAGCCGCUACCGCCAUCACUGGGGAAGCCGAAGAAGCCGAGACAAGCGGGUUGUGUGAUCCUGGGAAAUUCAAGGAACUUGGAGAGGCACUACUGAUGAACCUCUGCGUGCAGGCAGAGUCCCCCUUUGGCGUGGGGGUUCUCACUCACAUGCUGCUGUCAGGCUGUGAAUCAGAUCAAGCAGCCUCUGCGCUGGCGCUGCCCCUCAUCUGCCGGAAGGAUUCUGUUUGUCGGAAGCUGCUGGUGGGCCUCUCUGGCCUGCGGAUCUUGCUAGGGGUCCUGGCGCGGGACCCCGACCCCUAUUUUGUCUUCUAUACCUCCGACGCUCUUUCCCUCCUCCUGAGCUCCCAAGCUCCAUCUCCUGCUUCUGUGUCGUCUCCUGCCUUGAAACGGCCUCGUCUGGAUUCUCCACAGCCUUGCUCUUAUGCUCGCAUCAUGGAGGAAGGUGGGGCUGACUUGUUCUUCCAGCUGGACUCUGGCUGCAGAGUGCCCGCCGUGCGACAGGCAAUCAGCGACGCUUCUGAGGUCUUCCGGGCCAUGCUGAGUGGAGGCUUCGCAGAGUCAUCCCACACCACCGUGACACUUCGCGACGUGUUGCCAGAACCUUUCCUGGCUGUGACCCAUUUCCUCCAUGGCUGUCGUGGCAAACCCUGCCAGGUCCUGGGGACGCCGUUCCCCCUCGCUUUAGCAGAAGAAAUCUUGGUGGUUGCCGAACAGUAUCUCCUCCCAGACCUCCAGACCUUGGUGGAUGAAGCAUUGUGCCAAAACUCUCUCUGCCCUGGGACUCUUGGGGAGGUGUACCGGCUGGCCGAGCAGCAGAACCGGCCCCGUCUCCUUCAGAAUUGUGUGGCGUCUGUUUUCGUUCGGGAGGGGUCAACCCCCACCCACCGAGCUGCUGCCCUGGCAGAGCUGCUCCGAUCUGCUGCAGAUCCCAGCGGUUUAGCUGCCAAGCUGCUCGGAGUGGUGUUGGAAUCUCCGUGGGGCAGUGGCUCUGAGGGCCAGCUAAGCUGACCGAUAGGUCCUUCUUUCUCCCCUCUCCCAGUUCUUACACACAACUGGAGCACUGAUGUUGUUGUGUAUCGGGCAAGGGAGAGGGCGGUUGGAGUGUUAAAUGAAUAAAUGGCAAGGUGCUCGGAAAAGGGGAGUCUGGGUCAGUGGAUGGUUCUAUAGUGAUCAGGACAUCAGCCUAGCAGGGAGGAAGAUGUGGGACCAGGCACUGUUAGAUCAGUUGGGGGUGAGGCUGGGGGUGGAAAGAGAGAGGCCUCGUAUCAGAAAUAAGAUUUGCCUGCUAGCUGCUAUACCACUGUUUCUUAAUCUCUGUAACUUUAAGAGGGGUAGACUUCAACUCCCAGAAUUCUGGCUGGGGAAUUCUGGGAGUUGAAGUCCACCCUCUUAAAGUCCCAAGGUUGACAAAAACUGUGCUAGACUAACCAACAUAGGUAGAAGCCAUAGAACUCCUAUUCAGGAGCUUUGUGAAUCCUUCCUGUCAGAAAUUUGAUUGGUCGAAACUCAAAGAAGGAGGAGUCUCGUUUUAGCCAGGGGCCAGCUGUGAAAAGGGUCAGCUUUGAAUAUGUAGCAUAUAGGGCAACCCUGUUCUGGUGCUAGUUAGGUUCAGAAAUGAAUCCCAGUCUCAGAAUUGGAGAUGUUUCUUCUCCACUGUACACAGGAAGGAGACAUCAAAAGCGGGCGAUUGUAGCAGAAGGAAACUGAGUCAGCAGGACUCCCACAGGCACCUGAAGGAAGCUGCAGGGGUUGAAAUGUUGUCUCUUUCCAGAGGAGUCAAGGAAGCAGUUACCCCGAGAACUUGGCCUGUAAAAAGGGGGAAAGGCCCAAUUGUGCAGUUGGAACGAUAAAUGUAUAUGAACUGAUGUUGCACAUAGAGAAAUGCAGAGAGGCAUGAAGCACUCAGAAUGGCUGUGUAACUUGCCCUUAUUUCCUCAACAGCACCUAAGGAAGACGGGCAGCUUUUCACAAUUCACACUGGAGAGUCCGUGGAUAGCCUGCAAAAUCAAAAUUGAAAACUGGUCGAGAGACCCCGUUGUGCAAAUCCAUCAAGAAUGUAUUUCAUUCCUCUCUUUCCUGUGGGAUGGAUACCGUGCUGCUGACUUUCGGCAUGAAGUCCUCUGGGACAGCCUGGUGUCUGAUCUGCUGAGUAAGCCGAGAGAGCUGAUGGAAUUUGCCUGCCCUCUUAAUGCCAGUUAACAUCCCUUUGAAUUGAAUUGUGAGGCCUCUUGGCCUUGCUCCCACCCUCCCCUUCUUCGCCUUCCGAUGCUGAGAACAGGAAACGCCUGUUUCUAACUGCAUCCAGAUGGUGUCCAGCAUCGGCAAAGGGAGAAGGGAGGGAGAAACCACUUCCUAAGAGUCUUGGUUUCUAUAGGCCACAUUCGUCUGGAAUGGGGCGGGAGAAGGAAUCCUAAUUCCCCCCCCCCUUUUUUUUGAGGGUGGGCUGUCAUCUGGCUAUUCCACUCCUUUUUUUUGCCAUUCGUGGGCACAUCCGGCAACAGCCAAGAUAAGCAGUUUUUCCCCCCACUAAGAUAAUGAGAGCGUAUAUUCUUACAUUAGCUACUUCUUUCCUUGCUUCUGAUGCAGCUUCAACGUAAGUGAGGAAAUUCUCCUGUUUAGUAUCCCUGGGGCUUCAUGUUACGGAAGGCCACAGGAGCCAGCCACCAGCGCUAGCAGCUGAUUUCUCACAGAGCUGUCAGUAUGGGACUGAAGCAAACUGGGUCAUAUAACGUCUUUGCUUCUGAAACCAUGUCCUUUGCCCAAAAUUGGGGUAGAUGCACGUCUCUGCUUUUGUAACUCUUGCCAGUCCACACCAAGAGUGCAUUCAGUCUUGCAUAAACCCUCAGUUGUGUUUUAUGUGAUCUCGCCAAAGCUUUUAUAAAAUGAUCCUUCUGCAUUAGUUCUUAACUCUAGAACAGUGUUCCUCAAUUUUUCAGGUAUGUGGACUUCUGUCCCAGAAUUCCCCAGCUGGCAUGCCGGUUAGAAAAUUCUAGGAAUUGAAGUCCACACUAAUAGUCUCCAAUAGUGGCGACUGUGAGAGGGAUCUUGGAGUCCUAGUGGACAAUCACUAAUCAUUAAAUAUGAGCCAGCAGUGUGCUGCAGCUGCCAAAAAAGGCAACACGGUUCUAGGCUGCAUAAACAGGGAUAGAAUUAAGAUCACGUGAAGUGUUAUUGCCACUUUAUAAUGCCUUGGUAAGGCCACACUUGGAAUACUACAUCUAGCUUUGGUCACCCUGAUGUAAAAAAGAUGUGGAGACUAGAAAGAAUGCAGAGAAGAGCAACAAAGAUGAUUAGGGGACUGAAGGCUAAACCAUAAUAAAGAACGAUUGCUGGAA